UCGAGAGUGUAUACGAAGGGACGACGCUCGCGAAAAAUGGUCCAGCUCAGUACGGUCAACAGGAUCAUCAAGGCUUACUCGUUGGUCGGCUUUUGCGUGGCUGCAUACGCACUGUAUGUUGAAAUCUCACUGGAAAACUAUCCGGAUUUUAAGCCACUGUGUGACCUCAGAGAAUACAUCAAAUGUUCUCCAGCGUUUAUUUCACCAUACGCCAAAGGUUUUGGGAUCGUCAGGUAUAUAUUUGGUGAAGAUUCAGCUUUCAACGUCCCCAAUGGACUCACGGGAAUGUUAUUUUACACCCUGUCAUUCGUGUUGAGUUGUUCGGACAGUGAUAAACUUGUAAACAUCCACUACUACCUGACGAUCGCGUCCAACGUGUCCACAUUUUAUUUGGCUUUCGUGUUGGUGUUCGUCGUUCAAGAACUGUGUUUGGUUUGCCUGACCACAUACUUCAUAAAUGCUAUAAGCCUGCUGUGUGUAUCGUCCAAACGGCGGGAAUUAUUGUCGCUAUCUGUGCACCACAAACCCUGCAAAGGCGAUUAAAACAUAAUAUAUUUAUAAAAUAGCGAUACACCUGCAGGCAUAAAAUGUAAUGUCGCAGCGUAUAUAAUAA